AAGCGAUACGACGCCGUCUGGAGGUGGAGAUAUCCCCUAAUUCCUUGCUUUCAAUCGACGGACGAUAGGUGGGUUCUUCAGGUAUUGGCCAUGGAUCAAUUGAAUCCCGAUUCGCUGUUUCAACCCUUGCAGAACUCGAAUAGUAUGCAGUCGUCGGGUGAUGUUCGCGUCCCUUUAACUCGUUCGACUCCCGAUUGCAGGUUGGAAGUAGAGACAAAGGACUCUGUUGUUGCAAGGAAAGUUCAAAAAGCAGACAGGGAGAAACUGAGAAGGGAUCGUCUAAAUGAACAAUUCAUGGAGUUGGGAAAUGCUCUUGACCCAGAUAGGCCUAAAAAUGACAAAGCUUCUAUCCUCACUGACACGAUACAAAUGCUUAAGGAUUUGACUGCUCAGGUAGAUAGACUAAAGUCUGAGCAUGCAGCACUCACUGAAGAGUCUCGCGAGUUGACACAGGAAAAGAAUGAUCUCAGGGAAGAAAAGGCAACUCUAAAAUCCGAUAUCGAGAGCCUUAAUGCCCAGUACCUACAACGGGUGAGGGCCAUGUAUCCAUGGUCUGGAAUGGAUCAUUCUCAUUCUGUUGUCAUGCAUCCGCCUUCUUAUCCCUAUCCAAUGCCGGUCCCCAUGCCCCCCGGACCGAUUCCCUUGCAUCCGUCGUUACAACCUUACCCAUUCUAUGGGAACCAAAACCCAGCUGUUGUUCCAAAUCCCCAUUCCACUUACAUUCCUUAUAUGACCCACAAUACCAUGACAGAACCACAGCCAGCGCAGCCUGUGUCUCGAGGCGUGCAACAAGGCCCCCAAGCACAUACUCCAAGCAAACAGGAUCGUAGAAACAAAGCUUCAGAUGGAGAGAGCCGGGUGGAGAAAAGCGAUGAGAUGAAUGAGAUUACAACAGAUCUAGAGCUUAAAACACCAGGAUCCGCAUCGGAACAGGAUUCUUCAUCAAACCAAAGAAAAGCCAAGAAAAUUGCUCGAAAGGAAACAAGUCUUACUGAUGGAAGCUGCUCAUCUAGUGGGUGUUCAUCGACUCAAAGUGUGCAGGCUAUCUCAUCCACCAGCAUAAGCAGCAGCAAAAAAGUAGACGAGUAAGAAAGGAGGUACAUACUCCUUCACUGUUGCACCAAUCUGUAUCUAUGUUAUUUAUCCACUUUCUAGCUCUGAUCGUCGCUAUUAUAUGAAAGUGCAAUUGUCCAUGCUGAUUUCAUUACCGUGAUUAGAUAUACAAGCUUGCUCUAAACAAAAUUGAUCAUUUCUGUUA